GAUGGUGUGAUUCGCCUUGUUGAAAAUCCUCAGGCAGAGCAAGGGGAUGGACGCGGCGGAGCCAUCCGGAGAAAGGUUUUAGUACACUUGCCUACAGGCCAGGUGGUGUCAUCUUACAGGUCGCUUGAGGAGAUCUUGAGAGGUUUAGGAUGGGAGAGGUACUACGGUGGUGAUUCCGACCUCUACCAAUUCCACAAGCAAACCUCCAUUGAUCUAAUCUCUCUCCCUAAGGACUUCUCCAAGUUCAACUCAGUUUACAUGUAUGACAUUGUGAUUAAAAAUCCUAAUGUUUUCCACGUCAGAGACAUGUGA